AUGGGUGGUCCAGAGCUGAGCUGGAUGGUGAAUCACUCCCUUUCCCAUCCACUGGGUUCUGCUCAAUAUCCUGAGCUCAGACUUGACUUGCUCGACAGGAAAGGUUCCUGCCUGCAUCUGGCUGCCAUAAGGAAUGUGAACAUCAUCCUGCAGCACUACAACUUCACAGGCAAACUGACCAACCGGCAGUCUGGGGAUGAAGGCAUGGGUCUCAUCCGCACAACCUUUGCCAUCAUCAGCUGCGUCAUCAUCCUGGAGAAUCUGCUUGUGCUGCUGGCUGUCCUAAGGUGUCUGCGAGCCCGCCGCUGGGUCUACUCCUGCAUUGCCAGCAUUACCUUGAGUGACCUGCUUGCAGGAAUUGCCUACCUUUCUAAUCUCUGCCUCUCAGGCAAGAAGACCUUCCAGCUUUCACCUCAGCUCUGGUUCCUGCGAGAAGGCAUCCUCUUCAUCGCGCUGGCUGCCUCCACCUUCAGCUUGCUUGUGACAGCCAUUGAGCGCUACAGUGCCAUGGUAAGGCCAAUUGCUGAGAAUGAAGCCAGCAAGACCCUGCGCUUACGUGGCCUGAUAAUUUCCUGCUGGCUCUUGGCCUUCAUCAUUGGACUGCUUCCUCUGCUGGGCUGGAACUGUCUGUGUGACUUCAAUGCCUGCUCUGUCCUCCUGCCUCUCUACUCCAAAACCUACAUCCUUUUCUCCGUAGUCAUGUUCAGCAUCAUCCUUCUGGGGAUCAUUGGCCUCUACAUUUCAAUCUUCCAGCUGGUCCAAGCCAGUUCUAAACAAACCAGCUCUCGGCACAGCCGCAAACGGUCCUUUCGCUUGCUCAAGACUGUUCUGAUGAUCCUGGGUGCCUUCAUCAUCUGCUGGAGCCCUCUCUUUGUCCUGUUGCUCUUUGAUGUCUUCUGUGAAACCCAGUCCUGCAUGCACCUCCACAGCCUGGACUGGACCCUGGCUCUGGCCAUGCUUAACUCAGGCAUUAAUCCCAUCAUUUACUCCCUGCGGAGUGUGGAGGUGCGCCGUGCUGUGGGAAGCCUGCUGUGCUGCUGCUGUGUCAGGGUUGGGCUUUGCAAGCCUGGGAACUGCUUGGUCAUCACAGACAUCAACUCUGGCUCAUCCACAGAGAGCUCCCUGCGCUACCGGGAGAGCUUCCGCAGCUCUGCAGCACUGAAUUCCCGGCCUAGAGCACCUCUCUCCAGCAACUCCAGCAUGAUGAGCAAUCUCCCCAGCCUCUGA